AUGGAUUCUUCUGAAGAAUUCUAUUUAGCAUUCACCUUUCCUUUCCUUUUUUUUCUUUCAUUUUCUUUCCUUCUUUUCUACACUUUAUAUCUAAUCUCUUUUUCUUUCCUUUCUUUUUCUUUUUCCUUUCUCUUUUCCUUUUUCUUUUCUCUUUCUUUUCUCUUCCUUUCUCUUCUUUAUUCUCUUCCUUUCCUUUUCUUUCUUUCUUUUCUUUUCCUUUCUCUUUUUCCUUUCUCUUUUUUUCUUUCUUUUCCUUUUCUUUCUUUCUCUUUUUUACUUUCUCUUUCUCUUUUCCUUUUUUUAUUUCUCUUUUUUUUCUUUUUUCUCUUUCUUUUCUUUUUCUUCCUUUCUUUCUUUUUUCUUUUUUUCCUUUUUUUAAAUUUUCUUUUCUCUUCCUUUUUCUCUUUCUUUCCUUUUUCAUUCUUCCUUUUUCUCUUUCCAAUUCAUAUCUAUUAA